AUGGUUUUCCAACUGAAUUGGAGGAAGAAGGAAGUGAAAGAGGACACAUCAAGCCAUCAUGAUACACAAAGCGUUGCUUCUUCAUCGUCGGCUGCAGGCCGAUCACGAAGUCUAAGCGCACCAACCCCUUAUGACUCAAUAGAUUCGAAAGAACACAGACUCCGAAUAAUAUUCAACAUGUUUGAUGGCAAUGAAGAUGGAAAACUUACUGCCGAGGAAGUUAAAGACUUUCUUUCCUCAGUCUACGAUAAAAAGUAUAUUGAAACGAUAUCCAGGAAUUGGAACCUAGGCAAAGGCCUUUCUUUUCAAGAAUUCCUUGAAAUUUGUGGUCAGAGCGAAUCGACCGAUAAAGAACAAGAAAAAAUUGAAACCAACAAUUCGUUUUGGAAGUUCAAACCAUUCAAUUUAUUGAGAAGGAGAGAACGAAAAAGCCUUAAUCAAGACUUUGAUGAAAAUGAGCUGAAAAGAGCGUUCGAAGAAGUGUUUGAUACAAACCGAGAUGGUGUACUCACAAAGAACGAAUUCAAAAAGGUGUUGAAAAAUCUGAGAAUUGGCGAAGCCUUCUCAGAUGAAGAAAUUGAACACUUGUUUGAGUCAGUUGUCACCAAGUCAGCAGGCGUGCUUAAAUUUGAAAACUUUUUAGAGCUUCUCAAAGACAAAAUAUAA